CGGGGUGUCGGUAUAGGGGCGUUCGGGAGGGACGCGUAUUGCUGUGACACUGCGGGGACUCUCUGAGGGGACGGGUGUCGGUGUGGCACCAAUACACGCUGAAGGAGCCGGCGGAACCGGGUGGCCAUGGGGAUGUGGGCAUUGCUGGACGCGAUGUGGGAGAUGCCGGCCGAGAAGCGUAUCUUCGGGGCCGUGCUGCUCUUCUCCUGGACAGUGUAUCUCUGGGAGACCUUCCUAGCACAGCGGCAGAGACGGGUAUAUAAAACUACAACUCAUGUACCGCUGGAGUUAGGACAGAUCAUGGAUUCAGAAACAUUUGAGAAAUCUCGACUGUAUCAGCUGGAUAAAAGUACUUUCAGCUUCUGGUCAGGACUCUAUUCAGAGGUUGAAGGCACUCUUAUUCUUCUCUUUGGAGGAAUUCCGUACCUCUGGAGACUCUCUGGGCGCUUCUGUGGUUAUGCUGGUUUUGGACCAGAAUAUGAGAUCACUCAGUCCUUGGUGUUUCUGCUGUUGGCUACACUUUUCAGUGCAUUGACUGGUUUGCCUUGGAGUCUUUAUAAUACUUUUGUGAUAGAAGAAAAGCAUGGUUUCAAUCAACAGACUUUGGGUUUCUUCAUGAAAGAUGCGAUCAAGAAAUUUGUUGUGACUCAGUGCAUUUUAUUACCUGUAUCUUCACUUCUACUUUACAUUAUUAAAAUUGGGGGAGACUAUUUUUUUAUUUAUGCCUGGCUGUUCACGCUAGUUGUAUCUCUGGUGCUUGUCACCAUCUAUGCUGAUUACAUUGCCCCUUUAUUUGACAAAUUCACCCCUCUUCCUGAGGGAAAGCUGAAACAAGAAAUCGAGGUCAUGGCGAAGAGUAUUGACUUCCCUUUGACUAAGGUGUAUGUUGUUGAAGGAUCUAAACGCUCUUCCCACAGCAAUGCCUAUUUUUAUGGCUUCUUCAAGAACAAGCGAAUAGUUUUGUUUGACACUCUACUAGAAGAGUAUUCUGUACUAAACAAAGACAUCCAGGAGGAGUCUGGCAUGGAACCCCGCAAUGAUGGAGAAGGGGACAGUGAAGAAAUAAAAGCUAAAGUUAAAGUCUUCAUUGCUGCACGCAGGCUUUCUCUAGUCGUGAAUAAGAAACAAGGAUGUAAAAACGAGGAGGUGCUCGCUGUGCUGGGCCAUGAGCUGGGGCACUGGAAGCUGGGGCACACAGUCAAAAACAUCGUUAUUAGCCAGAUGAAUUCUUUCCUGUGUUUUUUCUUGUUUGCUGUAUUAAUUGGUCGAAAGGAGCUUUUUGUUGCAUUUGGUUUUAAUGACAGCCAGCCCACUCUGAUUGGACUAUUGAUCAUCUUCCAGUUUAUUUUUUCACCUUAUAAUGAGGUUCUUUCUUUUUGCCUAACAGUCCUCAGCCGCAGAUUUGAGUUUCAAGCCGAUGCAUUUGCCAAGAAACUUGGGAAGGCCAAAGACUUAUAUUCUGCUUUAAUCAAACUAAACAAAGACAACUUGGGAUUCCCUGUUUCUGACUGGUUGUUUUCCAUGUGGCAUUAUUCUCAUCCUCCACUACUAGAGAGACUUCAAGCUCUGAAAAGUUCAAAACAAGACUGAGUUGCCCAGGGUCUGCAACUGAAGACAUUUCUGAUUAUUUUCUGUCCUGGCAGCAUGUUCUGGCUCUUGAUGUUUUUAACUUUUUUUUUUUUAAGGAAAAAUGAUUAAGUACAGAAAAGCCAAGCUUUAAAUACAUUUAAUAUCUCAUUUCAAAAAUGAUUUUAAUAAUCCAUUUCUUAAAGAAAACACUGGAUGAAAUUUUGAGGCUUAAUGUUUUUAAAGGCAUAGUUUUAUCUUUAAAAUCUAGUUUACCAUCAACUUGUAAAAUUAUUUGAAAAAAUACAGAACUUGUUUUAUUUACAUGUUUAUAUGGAACCUGCAUAUAAGGUAUUUGGGGGCAUAUGUUUAAAAGGGAACACCACCUCUGAAUUCUCUCUGUAAGGCAGAAACAGUGGUCCCGAAUCACUGUGCUCAUACCUAAGUUGAAACUUAUUUCUACUUUUAUGCUGUUAUGAUUUAAGCUGGCCAAUCAGUGUUUUAAAUAAGGAAGAAAGAUAAUAAUUCGUAAGGCUGAUGUUAUACAACUGAAAGUAGUUAGAAAUAUGCUCUCUACUAUUCUACCAAAUUUCUCUGUUCCCUCUCUUGUUAUACACUGAUCAGGAAUUUCUAAUAAUAUUUUAAAAUUAGAAAUUAUGUACAGAGUAUUUUAAAUCAUUGGGUUUUCUUUUUGUUUUUUAGAAAAUUUCAGUCUUUAUCUUUCUUUCCACCUGGUGGGUAUGAUCCCAUUAGGGAUAAUAUAGUAUUAUCCCAAACAUUCAGCUUUUUUCAUUCAUACUCUUAAGUAUUCAAUAAAUAGUGCAUCCUUUUACUUAGCAGAAAUUGCCAUAUCGAACAGGUUUUGCUGUUAAAAAUGGGAGAAUUGUGGAAAGAAGAAAUGACAUUUUAAGAGACAUAAGGGUGAAAUACUGAUGAUUCUCUUAUGAUGUUACAGGAAAAAAUAUAAUUUUCUAUCUCUUUGGACAGAAAAGUUUCUGUUUUUAUUUUUCUAAUUUUUAUCAGUAAGUCAUGAGUACUAUUUUAUUUAAUCAGGCCUAAUUCCAUUUUAGAAAAUUAUAGUUCUUGAUAUGCAGGCAAUUUUUAUUUUCAAAACAAACAUCAUGAAAGAUUUCCAAUUUCUGAAGCUGCAUGUUUGACUCAAAUCUCUGUUCACUUUCUGAAUGAGACCCAACUUUGUGCCCAGAGUCCCACCCACUGGUGAUGUAUAUACUUUCUGGGCAUUUAUUCCAAAGUGGGAUCAACUGUGUGCGCUUGGCCUCUGGCCAGAAAGUCUUUUGCUUAGCUGAUAUUUGGAUGAUGUCUCUACAUGGAAACAAUAAAAAUAAGCCUCUAGUUUAGUAUCGCAUUAUUUAUUUUCCUAAGGAACAGUCCUAUGAUUUUAUCCAGCAUCUUUUACCUAUGAAUUCAUGCUGUGAUAACUGCCUUUCCUUCCUUUCUUGCCUUUAAAUACAAAUUUCAGUUCUACACCAGUGAAACAUUAAAAAUUGCCAAUGCAGA